AUGCAUAAUUUCUUCGCUAAACUGCCCUCUACGUGGUUGGAAUUGGGAAACUAUAGUUUCUCUCACGACUGGCAAUUAGAUUGGAUUCUAUCUCAUGGAGAGACGUUGCAGGUCUUAAUUCUUGAUUUCCGUCCUAUAGUUUCAGUUCUUAGGCAUCGUGGAGAGAUCAUGUGGCAUGCAACAAAAUCCCGAAAUUUAGGUCUUACUGGACGUAUCUGUCCUAGAAGACAAAUGCUUCAAAACCCCAUAAUAAGAAGCAGCCCAAAAUUUUACUACUGGUGA